CUGAUUGGUCAACCGUGUCCAGAAUGACAUCUAUGAAUCGUAGGCCUGAACGUGAAACGCUCUCAUUCUCGGCCUGGUUUGACAUCGCUUAGAAGUCCCUCAGUUUUCCCCCAUUUUCGCCAUGAAGAUCCUAAUCAUAGCUCUUCUAGCUGCUGCAGUAUCUGCAGGGCCUGUCAUGUCCCCGAAGGAUGAGUGUACAACAUGUAAAGAAUUAGUCAAGACCAUCUACACCAUGGCCAGCGAUCCUACAGCUCAGAAUCAGAUAUUGUCUUUGAUUAAAGACGCCUGUACAUUUCUUGGUCCAGAGGCCUCCGAGUGUAAAAGCCUGGUUGAGACGUAUGGCAAGGCCAUAAUCCAGCUUAUUCUCUCGCAGCUGAGUAAUCCUGACCAGGUCUGCAAGGAGAUUGGAUUGUGCACUUCCAAGACUGAAAUGCUGAAGAAGAUUGUGAUGCGACACUUACACAAGACGCCUAUUACAAAGCCUGGUAUAAGAUCCCCCAAGGAUGAGUGCAUCACUUGCCAGGAGGCUGUCAACACAGUGUAUAAGUUUGUUAGCAACCCUGCAAUUGAGGAUGAGAUUGUUGCUCUUCUGUCCAAAGUCUGCUCAGAGUUUGGUGCUGAGAAGGCCACAUGUGAGGCUGUCGUCAACACAUUUGGCAAACAGAUUGUGCAGACCCUGGUUUCUUUGCUGAGUGAUGGGAAGAAACUCUGCACUGAAAUUGGUCUGUGCACAGCUAACAAAGUCAAGGCCAUGUUAGUUCAAGCUGCCGCAUCUCACAAAGUAAUGUUCACCCCCAAGAAGCACGUCCUUAAGGCAACGUACCCCGUCAAGACCUCCACAGAGUGUGUCCUGUGUGAGUUUGUAAUGAAAGAGUUGGAUGAUAUGCUGUCCAAAAAUAGCACUCAGCAAGAAAUCAUUCAGGCUGUUGAAAAGGUCUGCAGUAUUCUUCCAUCCACCAUCAAGUCAAAGUGUGACCAGUUUGUUCAAGAGUAUGGCCCAGCUCUCAUUGAGAUCCUGGAGCAAGAGGUGUCUCCCAAGCUGGUGUGUACAACACUUGGUCUGUGCGCCAACCGUGAACACAGAAUCGCCAUGAGGCGUUCCCAUAAGCUGGUGAUUGGCAGCAAUGAGACUUGCGAAAUCUGCACCACGGUCAUGACUUACCUGAAGGCCUUCCUGAAGAAUAAUGCCACUGAUGAAGAAAUUGUUAAUUUCUUGGAAAAAGUUUGCAACUACCUGCCGUCCCAGAUUGCCAGCGAGUGCAAUGCGAUUGUCAGUGAGUAUGGCUCUACUGUGCUGCAGAUAAUUGCCAACACGGACCCCACCACACUCUGCAAGGAGAUCGGUCUAUGUUCUGCCAACCAACACGUCAUGAAAACCAAGAUCUUGUCCAAACACAUCCUGAAAGCCAAGAUCGUGGCCAAGCGUGACGACCUGUGCUACCUUGGGGCUCCGUACUGGUGUGCGGACCGCCGGAAUGCCGUCAACUGCGAGGCCGUCCACUUCUGUGAGAAGCACGCCUGGAACUAGACCCAAGUGCAUCACUACCAUUACGUCAUUCUGAGUUUCCAUUAAUUAACCGAAUCUUUUACGUGCUUCGCCGACUUCUUCACGAUCUUAGUCCACUUAUUCCACGAGAAUAACCGAGUUCUUUAAGUGCCUAUUUUUUUCGCGAGGCUAGCCGACCUAUUAACGAGGUUACCCGACUUCUAAACCGUCUCCUUUACAAGCUUACCCUCCAAUAAUUGCUGACUAGACAUCGCCGUUACUUAGCAACCAACCCUUAAAUUUAUAAUGUUCUCUAAUCGAGUCCGACACACGUUAUGAUUAACUAUAAUGGCGUUUGCCAUCAUAAAUUGUACUCAAAAUAUCAUUUUUCGUGUGUUUUUUUAUACAAAAUAACAUUCUGCAAAUGAAAAUAAUACAUAUUGUGACAGUGUCA